AGCACUGCCACCAUCAUCGCAGCCAGCUGCAAGCCAGCCAGACGAAAGAAAUAAUGAGGACCUGUGGUGAUGCUGGAGCUGGAGAGUGCCUGGUAGAGAGUGGAGUCGUUCCCCGCGAGGCGGCGGGCGGUGAGGCUGACGGCGCCAAGUGACGAGUGACGAGUGACGAUGCGGUUGCCAAUUGAGCUUCACGCAACCUCCCCUUCUCUGCUCUCACCAACGGACUGGCGGUCAUUCUGCUGUGUCUUUCAUUGAAAUAGACUGUUCUUUAUACAUAUCCUCCAACUUUACGUUCCUCUCUUGCAUGAAAACGUCUGCCACCCCGCGUUCCUAAUCAAGGCUGCCUGACCAGCCUCCGCCUUAGCUAUGUGGAAUGACGAAGAUAACAACCCGUACGGCGCAUUCGAUAGCGAAGCCCGGCUAUCGGAAUCACUGCACUCUACCACCCUCGAAUCUCCUCUGUACAAUGCCGACUACCCCCCUCCGCCUUCCAGCCACUCCUCCAACCCCGACAUUUCAGACUUCUCCCAAAAUCCAGAACAGAGCGAUGACGACGAUGGAAACUACGCUACGCAGCAGAGUGGUGCCGGUUACUCUCGCAAGAGCGUAUACGAUAGCCGCAUAGAGCAGCUACUCUACGAGAAUCCGGAGAUGCCGAUUCUUAUCACCGACGCCGGGAAGAACCAUGAAGGCGGGGGGAGUUUCAUUGUGUACACAAUACGGACUGGGGAUUUGGAAGUUCGGCGACGGUACUCGGAAUUCUCCUCGUUACGGGCUACGCUCGUAAGCCUCCACCCAACCCUGAUCGUUCCUCCGAUCCCAGACAAACACACUAUAGCCGACUACGCUGCGAAACCAACAAAAGCUAAAGAAGAUGCUACGAUAAUUGACCUCCGGAAACGAAUGUUGGCGGUUUUCUUGAACCGGUGUCGGAGAAUGAAAGAGGUCCGCGAAGAUGGCGUUUGGUGGAGGUUUCUAGAUCCUAAUGUUAGCUGGAGUGAGGUCCUGAAUACUCACCCUGCCUCCUCGGUGCCCAAGAAUAACCUCAAGGCACCCCCUCUUGACCCUGCAAACCCAACGGCCGCGCAUGCUUGGCUACCAAUCCCCUCUGCGUCUGCAAAGCUGAAAAACACGCCCGGGACCGCUACAUCUCCGAUCGCAGAAACACCAGGAGCGGAUAUUCUAGGCCGGUUCCCCCCUGAAUCGCGAAAGCUAAGCGAAAAAGAACUAGAUCCGUACUUUAUCAAUUUUGAAGCUUCUACUCGUGAGUUAGAACUCCUCCUCCAGGGCAACAUGGAGAAGGUCAAUCGCCGCACGCUUGCCCACUUGUCCGGACUGUCCGCAGAUUUGAUGGAACUUGGUGCUCGAUACAAUGGAUUCUCCCUUUCUGAGCAAUCUCCCACCGUGGCGACUGCUAUUGAACGGGUCGGACAAGCAGCGGACACUUCCUACAUUGAGACGGAAGAGCUGUCACUCGCGCUGAGCGCAAACUUCGCGGAGCCAAUGAGAGAGAGCGCCCAGUUUGCGAGUGUGGUCCGUAAUGUUCUACGAUACCGAGUGCUUAAGAGGGUGCAGGAAGAUAUGACAAAGGAUGAGCUGGCCAAGAAGAGGACUCUACUGGAGUCUCUAGAAAGGAGCGAGCAGGAAGCGAAACGUAUAGAGCAGUACCUUAACCGAAACCCACCACAGGCACCAACAAAACCUCAGCGAUCCCUCUCAACAUCUUCGGCAACUAGCAGUCAGGGGGGUAACGAGUCACGACCGAGCGGAGAGGACACAACCUCCAUUGACUCCGAUUUUCCGCCAGCGCAUGCCGAACAUCCGUCUGCGCCAGCGCAACGGUACCCGGAUUCUGGGCCGGUGUCACCCCAGGCACACCGCAAGACGUCGAGUGGGAAUUUUGUUGCUAACAAGAUCUUCGGUCGCAUCAGUCAUGCGGUCCAUGGAUUCGUGGACGUCGAUCCCGAGCGGACACGACGGGACCAAAUAGGGAAAACUAAAGAAAGCUUGGUCCAGCUGGAGCAAGCGUUGGGAGUGUCAGAGAAAGAUGUUAAGGACGCUAGUGCAGGGGUCUUGCAUGACCUGAAGCGAUUCCAAAAGGACAAGGAAGGAGAUCUCCGCCGGUACAUGGUCGCCUACGCACGGUGCCAUCUCGACUGGGCUCGCAAGAAUCUCGAGACGUGGACCGAGGCGAAAGACGAGGUGGACAAAAUAGAGGCCCGGUAACUUGCAUUCGGUACUGGGCAGUUGUCCGACGAUGUUUUCGGGUGGUGGACCUGAUGACGGCGUUGGUGGACGAUCUGUUAUUUGAGAUACUCUGUUGCCCUUUUAAUUUUCCAUGACCCUCCGAGGGCGAUUUGCCUUAGACCACGGACAAUCCUCAUAUCGAGGUGCCUGAAAUGCUCAUGAUGUUAUGCACACACCUAUAAAUAGCCGAUGUGAUAUGCCCUGUAUAGUUACCCCGUAGGUGAAGCUACCGAGAACCGGCCGUCGAUCGGUU